GUCGGACACGCGCAACAUUCCACGCGCGCUGAAAGCGGGAUCAACGCACACAGUGAGGAAAACACAGCACAGAGACGCACACUACAACCGCCCGAGGACCGUUUACUGAGCUCUUCUCCGUUUCAUAGCCUCGAAAAUCAGUCCACAGCGGGAUAAUUUUAGCACAAAUCCCUGCAGAGAGUGACCGUGGAAGAUGGGUCCAGUCCCCGCCGUAUCUGUGCUUAUUCUGGCGAUCGCUGUUCCGAGUCUAGCCGGAUACAUUGAGGCGCUGGCAGCAAAUGCAGGAACCGGAUUUGCCGUCGCAGAGCCUCAGGUUGCCAUGUUUUGUGGCAAACUCAACAUGCACAUCAACAUCCAGACUGGCCGCUGGGAACCAGACCCUUCUGGAUCUAAAACCUGCGUUGGAACCAAAGAAUCAGUGCUGCAGUACUGUCAGGAGAUCUAUCCCGAGCUGCAGAUCACCAACGUGGUGGAGGCCAACCAGCCUGUCAAGAUCGAGAACUGGUGCAAGAAGGACAAGAAGCAGUGCAAGGGCCACGCUCACAUUGUGGUGCCCUACAAGUGCUUGGUUGGGGAAUUUGUAAGCGACGUCCUGCUGGUGCCAGAGAAGUGUAAAUUCUUCCAUAAGGAGCGCAUGGACAUGUGUGUCAGUCAUCAGCAGUGGCACGGCGUGGCCAAAGAGGCCUGCUCUAAGGGAAACAUGGUCCUGCACAGUUAUGGCAUGCUGCUGCCCUGUGGCAUCGAUAAGUUCCACGGCACUGAAUACGUCUGCUGCCCGUCCAUGCGUCCCGAAGAGCCCGCACCUCCAGCGUCACCCUCUAAAGAGAUGGAUGAUGAAGAUGAGGAAGAUGAGGAGGACGAUGUGGAGGAGCCUGUGGUUGAGGAGGACGAGGAGGACGAUGAGGAUGCUGUAGAUGAGAGCGAGCCUGUUGCCAUUGAUCCUCCCACUCAGGAGGACACAGCAGAGGAGGAGGAGGAGCAGGAGGAGGAUGGAGAUGAAGAGGACUAUCACUACGUCUACGAGGAUGAGGAGGAGGACAGAGACAGCGAGGAGAAGGAUGUGAAGAAAGAGAAAGCUGUCAUCCCGGAAAAACAGGACGAUGACAAAACUCUGCAGGAAGUAGAAGCUGUGUGUUCUCUGGAGGCGGAGACCGGCCCCUGCCGCGCCUCUAUGCCUCGCUGGCACUUCGACAUGCAGCAGAGGAAGUGUGUGCGCUUCAUCUAUGGAGGCUGUGCUGGCAACCGCAACAAUUUCGAUUCAGAGGAGUACUGCAUGGCCGUGUGCAAACGCCUGACCGUCCCGCCGACCCCUCAGCCCACAGAUGAUGUGGAUGUCUACUUCGAGACCCCGGCAGAUGAUAAAGAGCACAGCCGCUUCCAGAAAGCCAAGGAGCAACUCGAGAUCAGACACCGCAACCGUAUGGAGAGGGUAAGGAAGGAAUGGGAGGAGGCCGAGAGCCAGGCCAGAAACUUGCCUAAAGCUGAGAGACAGACUCUGAUCCAGCACUUCCAGGCCAUGGUGGAGUCUCUGGAGGAGGAGGCGGCCAGUGAGAAGCAGCAGCUGGUGGAGACUCAUCUCGCCCGGGUGGAGGCCAUGCUGAACGACCGCCGCCGCCUCGCCCUGGAGAACUACCUUGCCGCUCUGCAGGCUGACCCACCACGGCCUCACCGUAUCCUGCAGGCCCUGAAGAGAUACGUGCGCGCAGAGAAUAAGGAUCGUCAGCAUACUAUCCGCCACUACCAGCACGUCCUGGCUGUGGACCCUGAAAAGGCCGCCCAGAUGAAGUCCCAAGUGAUGACGCACCUGAGGGUGAUCGAGGAGAGGAUGAACCAGAGCCUGUCUCUGCUCUACAAGGUGCCGUAUGUCGCAGAGGAGAUCCAGGAUGAGAUUGAUGAGCUUCUGCAGGUCCAAAAGGCAGAUAUGGACCAGUUCCUGUCCUCCAUCUCUGAAUCUCAGCCUGACGUCACCGUGUCUUCUGAGGAAAGUGUCGAGGUUCCUGCUUUUGAAGGAAAGCCCUUCCGCCCCUUCCAGGUCAACUCUCUGGGCUCCCCCGCUGAACCUGAGGGCGAUCUCUCUGAACCCCCUCGUGCCUUCAAGAAAGGCUCUGGCAUGAACAGUCUGGAUGGUCUGAUUGGAGCAGAGGAAAAAGUCAUCAACAGCAAGAACAAGAUCAACGAAAAUGUGGUGAUUGAUGAGACUCUGGAUGUUAAAGAAGUGAUUUUGAAUGGUGUUGAUCCUCUGUUCAGCCGUGGCUCAGAGCAGGAGUCGUUCCGCCCUCUGGUGGACGAUUUUAGCUUCGGCAGUAGUGCUCUGAUCGGCCUGCUGGUGAUUGCUGUAGCCAUCGCCACAGUCAUCGUCAUCAGUCUGGUGCUGCUGAGGAAGAGGCAGUACGGCACCAUCAGUCACGGCAUCGUGGAGGUCGAUCCCAUGCUCACUCCGGAAGAACGUCACCUGAGCAAGAUGCAGAACCAUGGCUACGAAAACCCCACUUACAAAUACCUGGAGCAGAUGCAGAUUUAGCCAUCAUGCGGCGCUGUGGAGCUGACAGGGGUGAACAUACUACUGACCAAUUAUAAAACUGCUCUCAAAUCAUUUCAUGCAUUUGAAAUGCAUAUUCUGGUUCAUUCAAAGAAAACAAAACAACAGCAACACAAUGGUUUAUUAAUACUACUACUUCUAAUACUGCUACUGUUGUACCAUGGAGCGCAAUUUUAUGCUCUCGUAACUUUCGUUUUUUGUUUUACGUUAAAAGGCAACGGUUUUAAAUCAGGAGAAGGUGAUUCUGCAAAUUGAUUUUGGAAUUGGAACGUAUUAUUAUUAUUAUAAUAUUGUUUUAAAUGGUCAUUUAAUAACGUUUGGUUUUAGUCUAUAGAGGUACAGCAAAGGCGAAACAAUCAAUAUAUAAAGACACAGCAGUUUGUCUACACCAUCGCUGGCCGCCGGAUAUACUACUUUUAAAUAGAUUGCUUGUAUAUGAAGGUUAUUUGUAACAACUUAAAUGUAUAGUGAAUCAGAAAAUAUGAACAAGAAAUCAUUCAUUCAUUUACUUUGUAAUUAUUAAAAACGCAUAGAGAAAGUAGAUGGUCAAAUUUAUUCAUAGUCAUAUUCAUGAUUUUUACGAUAUAUAUAUCUAUUUUUUUCUCUCCAGAGCUUAAAUCUUGGCUGGGUUACAGGUUUAAACUUUUGAGAUUUAAAGGAUUGAAUGUUUUUCUUUCCGGUCCAAACAUCUGAUACCGUCGCCUGUGUAAGAUACGAAGAACGGUUCCAACAGAACGGCGUGACAGCCGGCCAGAUAUUUUGGCCGAUUGUGAAUGUAGAGGUGCCCGAUUUUCGUAACGUUAUACCAUGUGUUGUUAUCUUUUGGUUAUGGUGUCAUAUACUUGGACCAAUAAAUGGCGCGGCCCCUGGAAAUGGUCAUUGUGCAUUGGUUUGAAGCGGCGAGUGGGUCAGGGGCCUCCAGUCUCCCAUAUCACGCUAAAAUAUUGUUUUACCCUGAUUCUGAAUGUUGUUUCUCACGCCGUUACGUCCACACACUUGAUCUGGCCUGAUAAAAUGUCGCAUUCAGCUUGAGUUUAUUACUGCAUUUUCAUUUCAUAGCUAAUAGGGAGUUCUGUCUUGUGGCAAUACUUUGCGUAUAUCAAAGAAAGUGUAGAUAUGUGACCAGAGUCGUCUGUAAUUAAAGAAACAUGUUGUUUUUUUUGGAAAUAGGCUCAUUUUACAACUUCCCUAGGGGUUAACGGUUUAGUUUUACCAUAUUUGAAUGCAUUCAGUGAAUCUCAGGGUCUGGUGGGAGCACUUUUAGCUUAGCUUAGCACAACUCAUUGAAUCGGAUUGGACCAUUAGCGUCUUGCUCAUUUUUUUUGUUUUAAAGAGUUUUGAUAACUUUUCUUUUUAAAGCUUGACUCUUAUUUUCUUUGAGUGAGCUGCUAAUGGUCUAAUCCGAUUCAAUGAUUUAUGCUAAGCUAAUCUAAAAGUGCUUCCACCAGACCCGAAGAUUGGCUGAAUGAAUUAAAAAAAUAGUAGAACUCAACUAUUUAAUUCUAUUUGGAAAAGGCUCAUUUUACAACUCCCCUAGAGGUAAACAGUUGAGUUUUACCAUAUUUUAAUCCAUUCAGCUGAUCUCUGGGUCUGGCGGGAGCAAUUUUAGCUUAGCUUAGCAUAAAUCAUUGAAUCGGAUUAGACCAUUAGCAUCUUGUUCAAUUUGUUUUAAAGAGUUUUGAUAACUUUUCUAUUUAAAGCUUGACUCUUUUUUAGUUACAUUUUGUACUACUAAUAUAUUUUCUAGGCGGAUACGGUUAGGAAUUUUACUCAUUCACGUUGCUGGCGUGCUAUGGCUGCAGCAGUGCAUUGAUAUUACACAAUGUAACCACACAAGAGUCAAACUUUAAAUAGGAAAAUUAUUGAAACUUUUAUUUUUUUGAGUGAGAUGCUAAUGGUCUAAUCCGAUUCAAUGCUUUAUGCUAAGCUAAAAAUGCUCCCGCCAGACCCGGAGAUCGGCUGAAUAAAUGAAAAAAUUGUAAAAUAAGACUAUUUAAAAAAAAAAAGUGGAGUGUUUCCAUAAAAAAAACUAUGAAAUGUAUAGUUUCUAGCAUCAGUCCCACUUAGAAAAUCAUGGUAAAAUGCACUAAAGUUACCCAGCUGGAGGCCAACGAACGUGAGAGAUGUUUUGCAUGUCUGCUACUACUAUGGAAGGCAAGGAAAAUGUUUGAAUAUUUUUUUUUCUAUCUCUUCCCCUUCUACUUAGCAAUGUCUUUGUAUGCCUGUAUAGUCGAUGUUGCAAUCAUGGCUUUUAUCAAGGACAACCUGUGGUGUGCAUUGUUCUUAUAUGAGAUGUUAUGAUAUAUAUUUUUAAGUUUGUUCUCUUCUUCUUUGAUUUUUUUUCUAUUCUUUUCCCUCUUCCUGUGACAGUAUUUCUGUAUGUGACUUUCACUAUGCACCUAAACGGCUCCAAUCUUGGACCUUGUCAUUGCCUGCUUGAUUGUGAGAUGGUCAUGGGGUGAGGGGAAACCAUACAAAGUUCAUAUAUAUAUAGAUAUAUAUAUAUACUAGAAGUAAAUAAUGAAUGAAUGCAAAGGAAAAUGGCUUCUUGGUUACAGGUGGGAAACACAUCAAUAAAUUCACUACUUCCA